AUGCGGUUCAGGACAGAAUUGAAAAACAUACGCACCUUUGCGAAACUCACGGCUGCCCUCUCAUCCUUAGAGAAGAUAGCCUGGGUCCGCCUCAGUGAUGACACAGCCAGGUUCACCGUCAUCCCAGACAUGGGAUCACAAGUCUGGGCCUCAUUGGCAAUGGACCUCAUCUUCGAGAGCCACCACAUCCAGUCCGCAGAAUCCCACAACACCAUCAACCUCGAACUUCCCCUUCAGCCGCUCCAACGCGCUCUCAAAUCCGCCCUCAACAGCAUAUCCGCGUCCCUGCGGCUCACCAAAAAAGACGGUCUGCCAAUUCUCUCCAUGACCAUCACAACAACAACAUCGAGUGCGUCUUCAGCUGCGGCGAAACUGUCGUCCGAAGACCCCUUUGGCGACGAAGUCUUUGAGCAACAGCACCUCGAGACAUCGCUGCGCAGAGAGCACGAGAAGAUCAUUACACAAGAUAUACCCGUGCGUGUGCUGCAUCCAGAGACCGUCGAGACGAUCAUGCAGCCCAGAGUCCGGGAACCUGACGUCCACAUUCAAUUGCCACCGUUGAUGCAACUCAAGGCCAUCUCGGAUCGCUUCACAAAGCUAGCCCUCACUGGUGCAAAUUCCUCCAAGGCACCGAAGUUGGAACUCAGUGCCAAUAUGCACGGUAGCCUACGGCUACGAAUGGCCACGGAAACGACUGAUAUUUGCAGCGUGUGGUCCGACCUUGAAAAUCCGGAACUGGAUCCGGUGCAGCUCGAACGGCCGGUUGAGGAGCAUCCCAGCACCAAGUUUCGCGAAGAGGGCCCAGGUCGAUGGGCUACGGUGCGUGUAGAUGGAAGAGACUGGAGUAGAGUGCUGAGUGUGGGUCGACUGGAAGGACGGGUCAUUGCUUGCUUUGCAGAUGAUCAUGCAUUGAUUCUCUAUGUUUAUGUGCCGCAUUAUGAUGAUGCGACGGAGGACGACUCCGUUGUUACUUACUACGUGCAAUCAUACAGCAAGUGA